ACAAGUUGUCAGUUGAGCUUAUUUCAAAACAGUUAAAUAAACUAAAAACUUAAGAAUUUCGGGAUAAAUAUCGUAAAAAAUCGUGUGCAUGUUGUGUAUGUUAUAGUAAAUUGCUAUUGAAUAUAGAGCUAGGGCUCAAAACCAACGCUGACUGAACAAAAAACACAAUGGAUAUAAACGAAGGUACUACUGCUGAUGAUCUAUGGACCCCAUUCAAGGAGCUGGUGUCUGUGGUGGAGGGCUACCUUGCACAUGAAGGCAAGGGUGCCCCCUAUGCAGUCCACACAUUUGAAACAGUACUGAGACGGCACAAGCAAACUUUUCUGUCACUGUUCAAAAACCCUGCAAAGAAUGCCAGUAGUCGGGAAGAGAUUAGACGAGGCAUUACUGAGGGAGUCACCCUCCCUAGUAUUGGAAGGACACUCCUCUCUAAAGAGCUGGUGGAAGAGGCUAUCAUCAUAUCAGAUAUGUACAAUGUAAGCGAGUACCUCGCCCUGGAGCUUCUACACACGGCGCAGCGCCAGUCGCCGCGGCACCCGGGCCUGCCGCGCGGCCUCGUGGCCGUGCUACUCUACUACGAUGGCAGGAGGGCACUAGUACAGGCCCUUAAGGAACUUGUCAUGGCUAGAGAUGGUGUCUGCUGGUCAAUCAAUGCUCGCGAAGAGAUAAUCUCGUAUGUGUCCCGCUACGUGGAGCAGUUGAUAUCAGAUGGGUUGCUAAGCAAUGCUCUUGAUUCUCUCCGCCGCUUCACUCUAGAAGUGGAGAUGGAACUGCUACAGAACAACCGCGCGCUGCCUCCAGGCAGACACCAUGUUACUCUCGUCAGUACCAUUGAGACUACUAGAAAACUGCUGGCUGGAGUGGUGUUUGCAGCCUCAGCACAGAAAGGACUCAGCAGAGAUAUCAUAUUGAGGAUUAUAGCAGAGCAAACUACGUCGCCGACGCAAGGUCCAACCGGUGCACUCGACGAGAUCUCCCUCGCCUUACAAAUGGCUCUACUGUAUGCAUUGGAUUUAUCAGUAUUACACAGACGUGAAGAUGGCGAAGAGUUAGCUAAAAAGCUGCCUCUCAUCCAAGAUCCGGAGCUGAUCUCCGUGCUACUGGAUGAGCUGUCUGGAACACCAGCUGAGCAGGGCCGAGGGGCCGGAGUCAGGGCCCUUUGUCAACUGUCUUUGGGAUUAGCACUCGCGGCCUUGAAGAGGGCGCCACAGUCGUUAUUGCGGCGGACUAACUCUCCUCAUCUCAAAUGUGAAUUGCUGGAUCAGGAUGAAAUGCUGGUCGAUGCUGCUAUUGAUGGCAAGGUGUUCGAGUAUCUGGACGAGGCCAUCCUUUCGACAGACUUUGUGGCGAAGGAGGAGUAUUACCAGCGCCGCAUUCACACACUCAUCACAGAUUUCAUUGUGCUCAUGCACUCCAAGCUCAUGGAGAUGAGGGUCAAGGCGGACGAGGCGGCGCGCGCGGUGUCGAUGUACGCGGCGGAGGGGCUGGCGGCGCCGGCGGGCGCGGGCGCGGGGCGCACGCGGCUGGACGCGCUGCUGCGCUGCGUGGAGCGGCUGUACGCGCGCGACCCGCUGCGGCUGCGGCGCCAGUACUGGGACGCGUGCGGCGGGGGCGCGCGGGGCGCGGGCCGGGCCGCCACGCUCUACAAGUUCGUGCGCCUGUCGGGCGAGGUGCUCUGCGGCGCGCUGCUGGCGGGCUACCUGCGCGCGCUGGCCAGCCUGGCCGUGCCCAAGCACACCUGGGCGCUGCUCGCCAAGCGGGACGCGCUCUCCGCGUACCAUCUGCUCACUGCACUCGCCAGAUACCACAGCAACCUACGUGCAGACCCAGCACCGUUCUCAGAACACGCGCACGCGUCAUCACUGGGCGCGUCCGCUAUCGUGACACCAGCUGCGCGACCCGGGAAAAUGCUAGUCCGGCAGGAAGAGGUAGAAGCACUGAUAGCAGCGCUAAAGUUAAUAGCAAGCGUCGCGCGUGAGGACCACGCUGCCUGCGCAGCUAUAUGCGAGAACCUGCAGUGGGAUGCUGUCAACGUCAUGUUUGGUCUGAUCUGUUGCCACAUCCCACUGCAGCUGAAGGCAGAGCUGUGCCUGACACUAGCAGCGCUGGGCAGUACUCCCGCCACGGCUGGCAGGGUCUGGGCAGCGCUGGAGGCUGCCCAACUCGUCGCCACCAGCAAUGAAAAGAGGGCCCUCAAUGCUGAGCUACACGAGGUGGAGUGUCGUAUGGAAGAGUACCCGUUGUCCCGCGCGUUCCUAGUGCUGCUAGAGUCGCUGUGCGCGGCGGCCCCGCUGCCCCGCGCGCUGGGGGCGGGCGCGCGGCCGCCGGGGCUCGACCCCUACGUGGAGCACGUGCUCAACCGCCUCGCCUUGCCCGCGCCGCACAGACCCUACGCCAAGCCUACUGAGAAGUGGCAGAUGCUGUCUCUCUGCUUCCGUCUGUUCGCGCGUUGGCUGGAGGCGUACGAGCCGUCCCCGUCGGACUUCCCUGCGCCGGGUCGCGAGGCGGACACGAACCCUCCCCCCGGGUUCCGCCUGCUGCUGCAGCUGCACACCAAGUCCGAGCUGCUGCGACUACUGCUCACCACGCUCGAGGAGGCGCACGACUUGCUCGAAAAGCACCCCCAGCCCGCUACCGAGUUCGCGGAGCUUGCGUUGGAGAGCUGCCUGCAGGUGGUGGAGCGCGCGCUGGGGCUGGAGCGGGCGCUGCUGGCCGCCGCCGCCGACGCGGGCCGCGCGCUCAUGCUCGUGCCGCUCUCCAAGCUUAUACUCGCCCCGGAGGGCGCGGAGGGCGCGUGUCCGCUGGUGACGUGUUGCCGCGUGGUGUCGGCGGUGAGCACACGCGCGCGUGCGGCGGCGCGCGCGGUCGCGCUGUUGCUGCGCGCGCUGCGCCCGCCCGCCGCCGUCACGCACCAUCACGCACUCGCCGCAGAGAUCAGAUACGGCUUUGUGGAGUGUUUGGAAGCAGAAGAAUGGAGCGAGCCAAGCGUGCAGGCGGAGGGCGCGGGCGAGGCCGGCGAGGGCGUGGUGGAGGGCGCGGAGGGCGGCAACUACGUGCGGCAGGCCAAGGAGGGCGUGCUGCUACUGCUGCAGCAUGUACUGCCCACGGCGCCUCCCAACCUCGCGCACUUCCUGCUCGGAUAUAAUCUCUCCGAUGAUGUGAGUCGCAGUUCCCUGAACGAGGCGGGCGCGGCCGGGUACCCGCGCACGUGCCUACACUCCAUACUCGACAUACUGGAGCAACACAUCGCCUCGCACAACCGGGAAGCGAACAACCUAGUGGAGAGUUGCUACCGGCUGGUGUACUGGCUGUGUGCGCGACCCAACACCUCGGCUCCCAUACUGCGGUUCCUGAGGACCAGGGACUACUUCCUGUCCAGGCAUGUCAAGGCUACUAUUGAUCUCAAGAAUGCGUCAGUGGUGUCGCUGUCGGCGCGGUCGUGGGUGGUGCGCGCAUGCGCGUGCGAGGCGGGCGCGGCGGCGGCGGGCCGCCAGCACGCCGCGCUCUCCGCGCUGCUCACCGCGCUCACGCACACCGCGCACCAUCCCACGCAGGAAUGGGAAUGGUGCCUACUUCGGCGGACACUGGAAGAGUUGCCGGUGAGCGUGGAGCCGGUGGUGGAGCCUCGCUGGGAGCUGUUCCAGGCGCAGCAGCUACGACAGGCUAUAGCGUCCUGCGACCUACCUACUGGCUUAGGAGGAAAACGAAUCAGUGUGUCGCGAGUGCAUGCGCUUCUGACCCGUGAGUUAGCUGCACUGCAUGCCACCGCGCCGCAGAGGAAUCUCGUCGCUACCGAAAUACAGAAGGUGCUGGACUACGUGACUGAAGUGAACAGACAGCGCAACCUAGCGGCGACGCUGACGCACUACUAUGACUCAUGGCGCCAACUCACUGAGAUAUUAUUCUGCGUGGCGCCACACGACAUCCUUCCGCUGGAGUCACGCAAGAACUUACUCCUUAACAUCCUACAGGACUUGCUUAACAAGAUCCCACCAGCUGAAGUAUUGCCACAACUCGGCAACCUGGCCUCCGGAACAGUCCUACUCCUUCUAGUCAACCUCCGACACUGCUAUCUCCUACAAAAAAGAGAGACCAACCAAAAAUCCUCAGAAUUCGAAAUGAGCUUCUUCGGCCCCUCAAACCAGAUUAUGCAGACCAACUCUCUAACUUUGAAGUUCAUUUUACACAAGAUUUUGUCCUGGAUUCUCGUGUCUGGUGGAUCUACUCAGAAGAUGAGGGUCAAUCUCUAUGGAGCAUUGUUGAACUACUUGAAUAUUGUCAAUUUGAAGACUAGUCCGGCUGACCCUGAGGAAGAGAAUAUGCCCACUACUUACGUGAGUAGGCUGGACAGUUCUAAAGCUCGGCCUAGCAGGGAAGAAUCAGCGUUGAAGUCGAUGGUGAUAGAUGUGAUCAGUGACUUUGGUGAGAACCUGUGCUCGAUAGUGUGUGGGGACUGUAUCGGGGCGGGGCACGACGUCUGCCGCAUGGUGGCGCUGGCGUGCCUCGACACUCUCAUAGAGAUCAACCCGCGGACUGACUGGGUCAACACGCUCACCAACCAGGGGUACCUGCGGAGCCUGAUCGAUAGUUUAUUGCAAGACGAUGAGGGGCUCAAAGAGACUCUAGAACCAAACCCGAAGUCGCUGCGCGUGCUAUACGUGUACGAGUCGAAGAUGGGUCUGCUCCUGAAGCUGGCGGGGACCCGCGCGGGCGCGGAGACGUUGCUGGCGCAGGGCGCGCUGGCCUGUCUCGCGGGGCUCAGCGCCCUCGCCGCGCACCCCGACAUACACACUGGGUACGCCUCGCACAAGGAUACUGAGUUUGUGCCCAGUGUUGCCAACAGGUUCCGUCAGAUCCUGGUCCCCGCGCUGUCGCUAUGCGACGCGCUGCUGACGACGCUGGGCCCGCAGAACCACAGCUGCGUGCUACACGUCACGCACGCUCUGCUCAGCCACGUCGAGUGCAUCGACGCCGUGCUCAGAGCAGCACACCCGAACUCUCCAGUAGAACUACUAAUAGAAGUGGAAGCCAUAACGUCAGUGAUAGGGCGGGCAUCAAACCGCGAGGUGUUUGGUGGCGCGGUGGCGGUGGAGCCCACAGCGCUGCAGGCGAGCGCGGCGGCCGCGCAGCGCGUGCGCUGGCUCAUGCUGGCCCUGCUCGGCAGGUUCCACCGUCCCGCCACCGACCUGCCUGACCAGAACAACUCCAACCUUCUAUACUAUAAGAUCGUAUGCAAUCUACUGACGUACGCGCGCAACAUAAUGUGCGACUCGUCGGGUCGUUGCGUGGGGCUGGCGGGGGCGGAGGGGGGCGCGGGGGGCGCGGGGGCGGAGGCGGGCGGCGCGGCGCGACUGCUGGCGCUGCUGCAGCACCUGGCGCGCGCACACGCACACCACGACAAGCUGCUGGCCACCACGCGCCACCAGCUGCACAACCUGCCCACCAUGAGCCUCGACGACAUGCGCAAGUUACUGCCUGAAGAGUCAUCGUCCCUGUCCCCGGUGGAGUGCCGCAGUCGCGCGGUGUCGGUGCUGGGGGCGCGCGUGCGCACGCGGCGCGCCGAGCUCGGCGCCUGCGCACACGCACUCGACUGCGCACUACAUCUGCUCUGGGCACAUACUAGGGUACUACUGCGGGCCGGCCUACCUACUGAUGAUAAUGAUAACUCGCUAUUGAACGCGACGGGCGCGUGGCGUGGCAGUGGGGAUGACCUGCCCGAACUUCGCAAGGAACUCAUCGCAGUGUUCAACGACAGGUUCACCGAACAACUGCUAGAUACUACCAAGGUGAGAACUUAAAAAUGAUGAAUGCACAAUUUUAUUACGAGAAACCAUGCUUCGGUACGACUUGGUCGGAUUCACUGGAGUUAAACACGGCCUCACCGAAUUAUCUUCAUUACCGAACCCAUAGUCAUCAUCAAUCUUAUAAUCAACAGCAUUCUCGUCAAGAGGGAUGAUGAAUAUGAUUAUACUCCGUGAUGGAAUCUGUGAUCGUAUCUUUGAUCAUUUUAAUGAAAUUGAUGAUAACGUUUAAGAUGAUGAUGAUAGUGGUGACGAAGAGAUCGUUAAUGAUCUUUAGAGUAGUGAUUGUUGAUGAUGAAGAAAAUAAUGAAUAUGAUGUUGAUAGUGAUCAGAAUUAUGAUGAUGUAUCCUAAUUUCCAGAACCAGCCACAAGUGCAGCGCAGUUUCUUUGAGCUCCUGGUGAAGGAUAUCAAGACGAUGGUGCAGUUCUCCCCGCUCUGAUCUAAUCAUGUUACUACUAAUUACGUUAUGUUAACUAAACUAUGAUGUCUCGUUCGAUAAUAAAUUUAUUUUGUAAUUAAA